GCGAGCGAGCGGGGCGCGGCGAGGGGCGCGGGAGGGGAGGGCCCCGGCGCGCAGAACCCGCGCCGGAGGGACGCGGGGCGGCCACUCGUCCUCACCUUCGGGUCUCAUGCGGUGGCGGCGCCCGGCUCCGCCGCUCCCGGCUCGCACGCUAUAGCCAUGGCCGCCGUGGCGGUUCUCCGCAACGACUCGCUGCAGGCUUUCCUUCAGGACCGCACCCCCAGUGCCUCCCCGGACCUGGGCAAACACUCGCCCCUGGCGCUGCUAGCCGCCACCUGUAGCCGCAUCGGCCAGCCGGGGACCGCGGCGCCCCCCGACUUCCUGCAGGUGCCCUACGACCCAGCGCUGGGCUCGCCCUCCCGGCUCUUCCACCCGUGGACCGCUGACAUGCCAGCGCACUCGCCGGGCGCGCUGCCGCCCCCUCACCCCAGCCUGGGGCUGACGCCGCAGAAAACGCACCUGCAGCCGGCCUUCGGGGCGGCGCACGAGCUCCCGCUCACCCCGCCGGCCGACCCCUCGUACCCCUACGAGUUCUCGCCGGUCAAAAUGCUGCCCUCGAGCAUGGCGGCGCUGCCCGCCAGCUGCGCGCCCGCCUACGUGCCCUACGCCGCCCAGGCCGCGCUGCCCCCGGGCUACUCCAACCUGCUGCCCCCGCCACCGCCGCCGCCGCCGCCGCCGCCGCCUCCCUCGUGCCGCCAGCUCUCCCCCAACCCGGCCCCCGACGACCUCCCGUGGUGGAGCAUCCCGCAGGCGGGCGCCGGGCCCGGGACCUCCGGAGUGCCGGGGACCAGCCUUUCCGGCGCCUGUGCGGGGGUUCCCCACGCACCGCGCUUCCCUGCCUCCGCGGCUGCCGCCGCCGCUGCCGCCGCCGCCCUGCAGCGGGGCCUAGUGCUCGGCCCGUCGGACUUCGCUCAGUACCAGAGCCAGAUCGCCGCGCUGCUGCAGACCAAGGCCCCCCUGGCGGCCACGGCCAGGAGGUGCCGCCGCUGCCGCUGCCCCAACUGCCAGGCGGCGGGCGGCGCCCCCGAGGCGGAGCCGGGCAAGAAGAAACAGCACGUGUGCCACGUGCCGGGCUGCGGCAAAGUGUACGGCAAGACGUCGCACCUGAAGGCGCACCUGCGCUGGCACACGGGCGAGCGGCCCUUCGUGUGCAACUGGCUCUUCUGCGGCAAGAGUUUCACGCGCUCCGACGAGCUGCAGCGGCACCUGCGGACCCACACCGGGGAGAAGCGCUUCGCUUGUCCCGAGUGCGGCAAGCGCUUCAUGCGUAGCGACCACCUAGCCAAACACGUCAAGACGCACCAAAACAAGAAACUCAAGGUUACUGAGGCCGGGGUCAAGCGGGAGGACCCACGGGACCUAUGAGCCCACCUGGCGGCUCCCGGCUAGGGGCAGGGCGCGCUGCGGGCAGCGGGGCGGAGCAGAGGCGAUUGCCCUUUCAAGCUGCCAGGGUCCGGGAGAGAGGCUGGGAUCCAGGCUCCCUGGGGAGGCUCCUGGGACAGGGACCCAGACGGGUUCAGAAGGGGCAUAGGAGUCUGCGUUAGGCUAAGGCAGUUCCCAGCUCUGGACUCUUCUUCCUACCGUCUAGGAGA